AUGACGCUGUCUCCGGACCCCCCUCAACCGUUAACAUGCGUAAUCGGCGCCGGCUUCUCAGGAUUAGCAGCCGCAAGAUAUUUAAAGGAAUUUGGUCAGAACUUUAGAGUGUUUGAAGCAUCAAGCAAUAUUGGUGGCACUUGGAGGUUCGACCCCCACGUUGGAUAUGACGAAUAUGGAACACCUGUAUUCACCAGCACCUAUAAGAAUCUCAGGACAAAUACCCCGCGUCAAACGAUGGAGUACAGUGGUUUCCCGUUUCCGGACUCUACGCCAUCUUACCCAACGAACACCUGCUUCUACAAAUACUUGACGGCCUUCGCGAAACACUUUCAAUUACUGGAUAAUAUUCAAUUAAACAGUUUCGUCCAAUCAGUAAAACGGGCAGGCAAACACUGGGACUUAACGUAUACUCUAACAAAUGAACGGAAUAACAAUACAAUCGAAUGUGAUUUCGUUGUAGUUGCUAAUGGGCAGUAUGUCAAACUGAGAAUGCCCAAAGUUCCAGGGAUGAAUACUUUUAAAGGAAAAAUUAUGCACAGCCACGAUUACAAGGGGCCGGAUCCAUUUAAGAACAAAAAAGUUCUCAUAGUCGGCGCAGGAGCCUCCGGCCUUGAUCUCGUGACUCACCUAGUGAACAUCACAGAGAAACUGGUUCAUAGCCACCACAUCACAUACAACCAACCGAAAUUCCCAGAAAACUUCGUGAAGAAACCCGAUAUGAAGGCGUUUUUGUCCAAUAGUGUUGUGUUCCAAGACGACACGAAAGAGGAAGUAGAUGUAGUAAUAUGUUGCACAGGAUACGAGUACGACCAUCCAUUCUUAGACAAGAGUUCAGGUCUCACUCUGACCGGGAAAUUCAUCCUCCCUCUACAUCAGCACAUCGUAAACAUAAGACACCCUAGUAUGAGUUUUAUUGGAAUCGCGAAGGGAAUUAUUAAUAGAGUUUUGGACGCACAAGCAGAAUACAUAGCGUCACUGAUAGCCGGCAAGUUUAAACUGCCCUCGCAGGAACUGAUGCUGAAGGCGUGGCUUCAGCAUGUUUACGCACUACAGGAUAAGAACAAGAAAAUUGUUGAUGUGAACCUCGUUGGACCAGCCAUGGACCAAUACUUUGCCAACCUAACACAGGAAGCAGGCAUCACUCGUGCUCCACCUGUCCUCACAGAUAUCAGAGAUUUCAAUGCUAAAUACCGAUUGGAGGAUUUAUUGAACUACAGAGAUUUCGACUAUGAACUGACAGAUCCUUUCCACUACAAGCGUUGGUACAACGGAGGUGGUAAGAGGGCGCAAGAAUGCCCGAUUGAUGUCCAAAUAUAA